GCCCUCCCAUUGAAAACGACGGAGUCUGUUGGUCCAUUUCUUUUACUGUCUAUGGUUAAAACGCCGUGGUCUUCUACUUUCUUUGACAACAGUUCAUUCACGCUUCAGCAAUAAUGGGCGCGCACGACAUCCUCCGUUUAUAAAUAUUCACGCUAAACUCCGCCCUGGAAACUCAGAAUCUCAGAAACCAUAUCGGUAACACCGCCAUUGUUUUCAAAGGAAGUCUGACCUAACUCGCAGUAGAGUGAUUUGUUGACGCAAUAUCAACCUACUCUCUCAACCACUCGGCCAAAUUAUCAGGAUGUCAGUGACAAUGACCAAGGUGGAAGGGGUGACUGUUUUAACGGUGACCAACAGCAACCCAAAAAGUAACUGGCCUUUGCUGUGUCAGAUACUGGGGACGCUCUGCUACAGCCCAGCAUGCUCUGUAUCUCACAAACUCAGGGGGCUUCUUGGAGGAACACAAUCUGUACUGGGGACAAUUCAGAUCAUGAUUGGAUUGCUAAACAUUGGCUUUGGAGCAAUAUUGCAUGCAUCAUAUUCGACAUAUAACGUUGUCACUGAGUCCGGGGCUUCAUAUUGGCUCAGUGGUUUGUUUAUUCUAUGUGGUGUGCUAUGCAUUCUUGCAGAGAAGUGUCCAAGUGCUUGUCUGGUUUUCAUAACUGGGUUGAUGAACAUUGUAAGUGCUGCCUUUGCUGUAACUGCCAUUGUUCUAUAUGCAAUUAAUGUUGGCAUGAUAUGGAGGCCCUUCUAUAGACAAUGUGAUGGCUACUAUGACUACUAUGACAGGACACCACCACCCCCAUCAGGAAAUGUUGAUAUCUGCAAAACAUAUCUAGCUAAAUCAAAGGUCAUGUGGGAAGGAAUGGGCAUCAUAAUGAUCAUCUUUGCAGCUCUACAACUCUGCAUUGCCAUCAGUGCCAGUGUCGUGGCAUUUAAGGCUGUUUGCAAGAGGGACACACCUGUGCAGGACCCUGAGCUCAACAAGCCUCUUGUUGAUGAAGUCUUGUCUUACCCCACAGUUUAACACGGCCAUUUCAAGCCACAUGCAUCACUGCAAUGUGACUCGUCAUGCAAAAUGAGUUGGCUAGUCAUGAAUAUUUCGAUUUUUAGAUAAUUUUAAGAUCAUCUUUAAGUAUGUUAAAAACCUUGUCACAAUUAGAUACAGGCCUGGUGUGGCUACAGGUUUGGACAAAUAAAGGCAGGUUUCAGUCUUUUUGGUUGUAUAAAAACCUCUUGAAGCCCACCAGAUUGCCUGCUUCAGCUUGUUCUAUGCUGCUUAAAUCAUGUUUAGAGUAGAUGGCACUGCUUAAAAAACACAUUUUCCACUGAUGAAAGGCAGGCAGGCAGUGUUAGCCAGAAUUCGUAAUGUUUAAACUUCUGUCAAUAUGGACAUGGUAUAUACAUUGUUAGAUUAGUUAGAUUCUCCCCAACUCAAUCAAAGUAGUCUACAGUGUCUGUCUGUGUUUCUGUCUCUGUCUGUGCGAACUUCAGAGUUCUAUUACUCAAUGAUUUAUACCGUAAUCAUUUUGAUAGUAGACUAUUUCUCAUCUUUGCCAAGCAAAAGCUUUGAGUGAAAGAAAAAAGGCCUGGAAAAAGACUUUGGCGAUUGAAGCAAAUAAAAGCCUGGGCUAUUAAUCAAGUUCUUACUGUUAUCAACUAUACAAUUUAGCCUGGCUAGCGCCACCACUUCUCAAUGAGACGUGGUCUGGGAACCAAACGUUCAUUUGAAAAAAAUGCCCAGAUCCGUUUAUUGGGUUCCACGGAUAUCUAUCAAAUGCGUCGGUGCAUAGCUCAUUAUCGUCUUGCUUUCCCCCCUGUUCUGUGAUUGGUUCCCUAUCUCAGGCGAAAAUUUGCUCCAUGGUCUCCAGGCUGCCUUAGCAGCGUGAAUCAAAUCGCAUGCAAGGCAGCAUGGGAACACCCAGGCUAUAUACAAUGAUCAACUUUAUACAUUUGUCAAAUGAGCCUUUUAAGAUUGUCAUUACAUGUAUUGAUUGUAUUUCAUUGAAUCAUAGUAGCAGAACCCUCUUUAUGGGCAUGAUGAGGGCAUGGGGCAUCGCUUUGCGAGGUCAAUGGUCGAGUUAUUUCACAAUUACCCUCUUUUGACUUACAGUAAUGGAGACAGACAAACUGAAGUUAUGUACCACAUGUUGCUGACAAAAAUCAACAAUAAAUUGUUAGAAUCUAA